UCUUCUCUCUGACCUGCGUGUUACCCCCUGCUUGGUACAGUAUGCGGCUUUGUGAUAAUGUGUGUCUCAGCACCCCCCAACAUCUUAUCUCCCCACCCCUCUACCCAUACACACUGCUGUUUCUCCUCUUGGAAGUGUGUUAACAGUUACACGACGGAAGGGGACCACCUCAAGCCCAGCACUUAACAAUGAUAACAAACAUUCGGGCUUGAGGCACAUCAGCUUGUGUUCUUGUCAGCUGUAGAAGAUUUUGUAUUCAGGCCUGUCAAAGGUUAUCGAGGAGGUCAGUUACGUCAAAGAAAAAGGUCAGUAAUGGAGGUCUACCUAACGUGAGACAGCAUCGUGUCAUCCAGUAGUUCCCCGAUCGUCUGCUUCUCGCUCCCUUGGUUUCUGGAGUGACGACUAUAUGCGUGAGACUUCCCGGCCCCUCAGUAACCAUGGAAACGUCGAGCCUGGAUGUGCAGGACGCUGCAGCAGCCGACAAGGACUGUCACAACGAUGAGAGGGCAAAGGUCAAGGAGCACGCUCAAGUCGUCACACGUCCUGAUGACGCAACCCCGGAAGUCAUCGAGAUGCAGCAGAAGGGAACUGGUUUCAAGGUCUCUAAGAAGGCAGUCGCGCCCCCCAAGACCCCGGUGUUUGUCUUCGUGCUGACGUUGUUCGCAGCGCUGGGCGGCUUCCUGCUGGGCUACGACAUCGGCAUCGUGUCGGGCUCCAUGCUGUACGUGCAGCCGCACUUUGACCUCGACACGGCGUGGACUGAGGCCAUUGUCAGCGGGGCUCUGGGGGCAGCUGCGGUUACAGCCCUUCUCGGCGGCUGGCUGGCAGAUGUGAUUGGGAGGCGCUACUGUCUCCUGGGAGGCAGCAUCGUCUUUAGUGUGGGAGGAAUAGUGAUGGGGGUUGCUGACAUGAAGGAAGUGUUGCUGGUGGGACGCAUGGUGUGCGGGAUGGGAAUCGGCAUUGCCUCGGUCGUGGUGCCCAUCUAUGUGGCGGAGGCCUCACCGGCGCACCAGCGGGGUCGCCUGACUCUCAUGUGGCAGAUCCUCAUCAACUUCGGUGUCAUGGUGUCCAGCAUCAUCGCCGGAAGCUUCAGUUAUGUGCAUGAAAACGGAUGGAGAUACAUGCUGGGCCUGUCAGCUGUGCCAGGGGUCGUACAAUUUAUCGGCUUCCUCUUCAUGCCUGAAAGUCCGCGGUGGCUGGUGGACAAAGGACGACUCGACCAGGCACGUGAGGUCCUCGCGCGCAUCCGGGGCUACGAUGACGUCACAGAGGAGAUCAGCGACAUCCAGAAGAGCGUGGAGGAGGCCAGGAAACUGGACCUCGGAGGAUGUCAGCAGCUGGUUCGCAUCUGGAGAACGAAACACGUUCGGCGCGCUGUUCUGGUCGGAAUGGGGCUGCUAUUCUUCCAGCAGUGGUGUGGCAUCAACACAGUCAUAUACUACAGCGGCACGGUGCUCAAGAUGGCGGGAUUUCCGGCCAAGUCGGCCGUCUGGCUCGUUGUUCUCCCCAACGCCCUGCUCUUCAUCGCCGGCUUCAUCGCUGUCUUCGUCGUGGACAGGAUGGGCCGCCGCCCGCUCCUCAUCGGCAGCAUGAUUGGGACGAUCAUCGGCAUAGUCAUCAUCGCUAUUGGAUUCCAGCUGUCGGCCUUGAACAGCCCCGCUGUCAACACCACACUCGUGGAGACGAUGGCCAACGGAACGGAAAUACAUCGUUGCCAGCUGGAAUACAGCACGUGCGACAGCUGCAUCAAAGACAGCGGCUGCGGCUUUUGCUACAGCAGCAUGACGUCAUCCGGCAACUGCCUGCCCACGGCCGGGAAGAUGUCCCUAUAUGGGAGAUGUAACAGCUCCACCAUGGGGGAGGCUGGCCUGAGCUUCGCCUAUGGCUACUGUCCCAGCCAGUAUAACUGGAUCACUGUCGUCGGCAUGGCACUCUUCGUUUUCUUGUUCUCACCUGGUAUGGCCCCCAUGCCCUGGACCAUCAACGCCGAGAUCUACCCAUUGUGGGCCCGUGGCACCUGCUCCUCCUUGGCAGCCGCCACCGCCUGGGUCAGCAACCUUAUUAUCUCCUCCGCCUUCCUCAGCCUCACUGAGACCAUUACUACCUACGGAACCUUCUGGAUGUUCACUGGCUUCUCUGUUCUGGGGCUGGUGUUUUUUAUCGUGUGCCUGCCCGAGACAAAAGAGAAGAGUUUAGAACAGGUGGAGGAACUGUUCAUGUCUGCCAAGGAGUUGAGGCAACGAGGCACCAAGCUCUGAUGAACACCCUCACCAAGCGAGAGAACUUCAGAACCUUCGUCGCAUUCAUAUUUGAGGUCCAUGGAGGGCCGCUGCUUCGAUUCACGACGUGUUUGUUCUUCCUCGGUUAUCCACAGCAGCUCAAUCCGGACAAUGGCAGUCCGCAGCACUCUAGUCGCGCUUUCCAAGGUGCAUCAGUCACCACACAAAGUCCGCAGCACCUUCGGGAAGAAAUCUGUGACAGUUCGGUCAACAGGUUUAAGGUUCGUCCGAUAUGCCAUAAUAAACAAACCCUCGCUAUAAUCUGAAAGCGAAGUGUUGACAAAUAGACAUGGACCCGGAGGUUGGCAAAUGAUAAAAAGUAUUUAAUUACCCGAUCUGUCAUUGCCGUUUUUUGUUGACAGCAAUGGUGCCAGAAUGGAGGACGCAUCUUUAUUCGAAACCUUUGAUGACUAGUUGAGCUUUGAACUUCAGUCUUUGCAAGUUUCUGCAGAGAAUAUCAAGCUUUGAAUGUAUCUCCCAUAUAAUAUAUAAUAUGCUUUCUUGUUCUUUUAUCGUAAUGUGUGCCUGAUAUUGUGAUGGCUGCCUUGUUACGCGCGUGUGUGUGUUCAGCAACACUGAACUGUAAAUAAAAGCUUAUUUUGUUUUC